CACACACUCUCUCACGUUCACCAUUUUAAUUAAAUUACUACUACUACUACUUAAUUAAUUAACACUAAAUAUUUAUAUAAGUAUUACAUGUAACCCUUGUAUUCCCAUCUCUCUCAUUCCACACUUUCACUUUCCCCUCACUCCAAUCCAAGAUGAAAGAAUUAUCGACCUCCAACGAUCACAUCAUCGCCAAAGGGAAACGCACGAAGCGGCCACGCCCCUCCUCCUCCGCCUCCGCCUCCGAUGUCACUUCCAAUUUUUCUCCCACCACCUCUACCGGAAUAUCAACCAGCACCGAAGAAGACGAAGAUCUCGCCAACUGCUUGAUCCUCCUCGCCUGCGGAAACAGGAAAGACAGCAUCAACGUCUACGAGUGCAAGACUUGCACCCGGACUUUCUCCUCCUUUCAAGCAUUGGGCGGCCACCGCGCCAGCCACAAGAAGCCUAAACCCGCCGCACAAUUCAAUCCGCCUCCGGAAAAGGAUGAAUCGGAAGAAGAAGCAGAAUCGAAAUUCGUUAAAAUCAACACCAUUACUCUUUCACCAUCAAGGCCUAAAAUCCACGAGUGCUCAAUCUGCGGAUCCGAAUUCUCGUCGGGUCAGGCGUUGGGAGGCCACAUGAGACGCCAUCGUUCCUGCCACAAUACGGCGAGAUGUGGCGAUGAUCAUCAGAAGGCGAGAAAUAUGCUAUCGUUGGAUCUCAACCUGCCUGCGCCGAUCGAGGAGGCGGAGUUCCACGCCUUCUCGUCCGGCCAGAAGCUGCGGCUGGUGGAUUGUCACUACUGAGGGGGUUGACAAUAUUAAUUGAUGUGAAUAAUUAUUUUUCUUUUUUCUUUUUUUAGUACAAUUCUAUGGUUUAGGUUAAUGAAAGUUAUGGAAUCAUAAUUAAGUGGCAUUACUCACACUUGACGUUGUCGAUCAUCAAUCUUUGAAUCGAGCCAAGCCAACUAUUUUGUUUGGUUGGUUUUUACGUUAGGAAUUGAAAUAUAUUGGAGUGA